UUCAGCUCAGCUCAGCAAAGCAAAGUAAAACAGAAAGUAUCACAAAGCAGAGCCCGUAAAGGUUUAGACGUAAACGUUUAGCUUCGACAUAAACGGCUAAUAAGUGGGACUGAAAUGGGGGAUCUGAAGCAAAAUAACUAGAUUGAAGUUUGUAAAUCUGCAGAAACAACAAAGACAUGAAGCGGAUGUCAUCUUUGUUUGCUUUUAUAACUUUUAAGUGUUUUUGAGCUUCACUUGUUUGUUGACAUUCCUGCAGUCCUGAUGGUGUCUGGACGGGAAGUUUUUAACUCAAAGUGAAUCAUCAGAUUGAUAUGCAGGUCUGUUGGUGAGACAUUUGUAUCAGGUUGUGUCGAUCAGUGUUUUGCAACCUGCAGGAUAGUGUUCCCUGAGGACCAGUACCGUCCACCCUGGUCUAAAACCUGCAGGAUAGUGGGCCCUGAGGACCAGUACUGUCCACCCUGGUCUAAAACUUGCAGGAUAGUGGGCCCUGAGGACCAGUACCGUCCACCCUGGUCUAAAACCUGCAGGAUAGUGUUCCCUGAGGACCAGGACUGUCCACCCAUUUUCACCUCUCAUACCUGAUGUGAAUGACUCAUGAUUAUUUUCAAGUGACAGAACUGAACUUCAUCCUUGUGUUCGUUCACGUGAUGUCUACUGGGCCUGGGACACAUACAGCAAAAACAGCUCAAGUGGUCUAUCUUGCGGCAGAGCAGGACAACAUCACCAUCAGUUGGGACUUCCACGCCCAGACUGAUGUGUCUUCCACCACCUUGAACUGUAUUGAGGUUUCACAUCAUUCUAGGACUCUGUUUCUGAUGGUAAGGGGGGAUGAAGUCGCAGAAUCUCAAGAUCCUCAGUUUAGAGGACGAGUUCGUUGUGACAAAGACGCUCUCAAAGAUGGUCAGAUUAAGUUCAGACUGUCCAGACUGACUCCAGAAGACUCUGGAAGUUACGUCUGUCAGCUGACACACUUUGACCGGACACUAGGAAGAACAGCUGUUCAAGCCUCUGUAAACUUGGUCUUGAAUGUGGACAACUCUCCUUCAGCUCAGAAACCUCCACCGUCAAGACCGAUGGUCACUAAAAAGACACCUACUGAAGCCCCAUCAACAGACAUGAAAUGGGGUAUGGCUUUAGCGAUUCUUGGACUAGUUGCUGUUGUUGGACAUUUGUCCUGUUGUUUGACAACUUUUUAUAGACGAUAUAACAAGGAUCAACGACAGGAUAACAGGCUUCAACAACGGGACGCUCUCAUCGACCUCCUGAUCAACGUCAACACGCCCUGAUCCAGACACUCCUCUGAUGACUCCACAGACCAACCAACAGGCAGAGGACAACUUGGUUGAGGACUGACUAGAAGUCAGCUGUCUGAUCUUUGAUCAGGUUUGACUGACUCAGUGUUUCUUAAUUCCAGUCCCCGGGACCCCUGGAUGUUUUAGACCAGUAGUCUUCAACCCAGGUUCAAUUCAAUUCAAUUUUAUUUUUAUAGCUCUAUUACAACAAAAGUUGUCUCUAGACGCUUUCCAGAGACCAGAACAUGACCCCCGAGCAAUUAUUACAUAAACAAUGGCAGGUAAAAACUCCCCUAGUGGGAGAAAAACCUUAAGCCAAACAGUGGCAAGAAAAACUCCCCUUUAGGAUGAAGAAACCUGGACCAGGACCAGGACCCUCCUGCCGGAGGCCAGACUGGGGGGGUCGGCAGGCCAGGGCGUCAGCAAGCACACAGCAGACAUCCACACAGGCAGGUGGAAGCAGCAGUGGGGUGAUCAGAGGGGGGACUGCAGGCCAGCAGCUCCUGAAGAUCCGGCCUGCAAACAUGCAAAAACCACAGGAAGGAUGGACAAAAAUGAUGGCUAGGAGAUACUUAUAAUAAAUAAAAAAAUGGAAGAGGAGAAAAGAAGAAGGAAAGAGGAGAGGAGAAGAAGGGUGAGAGGCACCGCCCAGUGGAUCAUGUCGGUGCCCCCCUGCAGCAGAGGCCUAUAGCAGCAUAUCUACCAUGAAGCUGUGUUUGAGACUAACUACUAUAGUCUUGUUCUAUAGCUGCAGCUAUGACUACUGACUCUAACACACUAGACUUUACACUAACUAGAGGUCCUGGAAAUAUACUGUCCUGGAUGUUUUAGAUGUUCUCUGUUUCAGCACAGCGGAUUUUAAUUAAUGGACUUCACAAGUUUGUCAUUAAGGUUUAUAAAAUUAAUUUGUAUGAGGGUGUGUUAAUACAGGGAAACAUUUAAAACAUGCAGGAUAGUGGUUCUCCAGGACCAGACUUGGCCAUCCCUGACGUAGUCUGUGUCAUUUUGCAAUAGACAAAAAAUUGGAUUUACCUCCCUUUUCAAAUGACUUAACCGUUUGGUUUCAGAUGCCACUGUGAAAAUCCAGCACCUCCAUAUGUAGUUUAUAUUUCAGGUCUAAAGGAACAAAUUAAAUAGAUAAUAGAAUAUUUUGGGAUAAAGGACUCAGUGAGUGAGUCAUACAAUACUAAAUAGUUUAAACUUUUAUACACCACUCAGGGAAAGUCUUCGAAUUAAAACUUUUCUUCUACAUGCCUUUCGAAGGCAUGUAGAAGAAUAUUCUAAGAUGUAUUUUUCUUUAAACUUUUGUAACCUUUAAGAAUUUUUACACAUAAUGUUUUAUUUGUUUUGCCCCGUUAACAAAUAAAACAUGAAAUGGGCAGCAAAAUAUGAUGUUCACAUGUGGACGCCAGGUCUCCGGGGGUUAAGCUAGUCUUGAUUGAUGAUGUAAUUUAUUGAAUCUUUCAACUGUACUGUAAUUGUUUUAGAAGGAGCUGCUGUGUUCAGUCAUCCGUUCCUAAGAACACUCAAUGUGCUACUUACUGUCUUAAUUUGACAUUAUAUCCCUGUAUGUUGUUGUAUAUAUAUGCACUGUACAGAUAUAGUUUUCUAUCCUUUGAUAAAAAUGUUUUUGACAUUUUUUAUGUUAAUGGUAUUACA